AUGCCCUCCGCUGAAUUCGAAACCGCUGCCAAGGAAGUCCAAGAACUCAAGACCAAGCCCAGCAAUGACGAACUCUUGAAGCUUUACGCUUUGUAUAAGCAAGCUACCGUUGGUGAUGUCAACACUGAGCGUCCUGGUGCUUUUGACUUUAAGGGCAAGGCCAAGUGGGAUGCCUGGAACGAGAUCAAGGGCAAGAGCCAAGAAGAAGCUGAGAAGGAGUACAUUGAAUUCGUUCAAAAGCUCAAGGCCAAGGACCAGUAA